AUGCACGUUCUCAUUGUUGGAGCCGGCACUGGCGGGCUCACUCUAGCCCAGAACCUUCGAAAGCAGGGCAUCUCAUACGAAAUCUUUGAGCGCGACGUAGACAGCAAUGCGCGCUUCCAGGGAUGGGCUAUUGCUCUCCACACUAUUGUCAACGAGCUCAUCUCCUCUCUCCCAGAAGAUCUACCUGAUGUCAGAGAGGCCACCAACCACCUGGCCCCAUUGACACUUCCGGGCCAGUUCCGUUACUAUUAUGGUGGCAAGGAUCAAGGCUAUGGAUUUGAGGAUUCUGCUGAAGUGCCAUUUAUCCGUGCAGAGCGAUCUCUACUUCGGAAGUGGCUCCUGACAAAUCUACCUGUUCAGUGGGGCAAGCGUGUUACACGAAUUGAACAUGACGAUGCAGGCGUCGAGGUCUUCUUUCAAGAUGGCACAAGUGCGAAGGGAGAUAUUGUUGUUGGUGCCGACGGCGUUUACAGUCCUGGCCACAGCGCCUACAACCUCGUCAACCCGGAGCUCGGGUUCAUCGGGUUCGUCGGACUCCACAAAGUCCUCCCCGACGCCACAUCCGGGCGGUUCUACUGGAUGUUCAUGCAGCCAGAUGCGGAGGUGAACAGUUCCCAACACUGGCUCCAGACAUCCAGCCAGCAGGAAAAGCUGGACCAUGUCCUUAAGACCACGGCAGGACUACCAGCCAAGCUCCGGGAGAUUUUCGAACUCACUCCGGCCGAGGGAAUCCGGAAGGAACCGCAUAUCUGGCGUGACCUUGAACUCGAGAGUCUGCCUUCUAGCCGUGUCGUGCUAUUGGGAGACGCGGCGCACGCAAUGACACCGUCCCGCGGCGAGGGUGCAUUCCAUGCUUUCCUCGAUGCGAUUAAAUUGACUAAAGUACUAGCUCAGCUGAGUGCUGAUGGCAGCGUCCAUGAUAUUGAUGCUGUGAAGGCUGCGGUCGCUGGGUACCACGAGGAGAUAUUGAGAAGGGGUGGUGCGGCGGUGCGAGCUUCAAGGUCCUCGUACCAGGAUUCGAAGAAGCGGGCGGAAACUGGAGAGCACUUUAUCACUGGAAUGAUAAAGCUGGAUGACGCACCGAUUGUGCUUGAUGUUAAGGCCUGA